UGGUUCUAACUCUCUAAGCCAAGCCACGUGGUGGUUGCUGCACUCAACUUCAACAUCCACAGAGGCACACAGCAACUAGCCAAAUGUAAAACACCAACGAAACCAUUGGAGCAUUGCUGCUGCAGGCCCGUGCUUGCUACCAUAUCUACAAUCUCUCUCACCCACGUGUAUGUAUUCCACCAAGCCAUCCACUACUUGCCUCCUCCUCCGCCCACCUGUCUCUCCAUUUUCCUACUUUCUCAAACUGAUUUAGCCCCUUAAACUCGCUCUCCUCUAUAUAACCCCCACCUGAAAUUCCUCCAACAGAAACCAUACACAGAACAAACACACACACUCUCUCUCUAAAAUAUGGAUUCCCAGAACCUCAAACAACGCAGAACAGACGAUCCCGACACCGCUGCCGCCACCACCACCAUGAACAAGAGCAAUUACAAAAGCAAAAAGGAUAUGCGGAUGGACAUGGCCAAACGCGGCCUUAGAUCAUUGGCCGUGGCGGUUGCAAUCCCUGUCUCUCUCCACCUGCUUGCUAUUUACUUGGGCUCCACCGACAACUACCCCACCGGCUCCUCCAAGCCCUUCUGGUUCCCGCCCUUGUGGGCCCUGCGCUUCAUUUGCCUGGCUUCCAGUUUCUUGAUGGGUCUCUCGGCUUGGCUUGUGUGGGCUGACGGUGGCUUCCACAAGAAUCCCACGGCUCUGCCUCUUUAUCUGGCCCAGCUAGGAUUGAAUUUGAUUUGGGAUCCGAUUGUGUUUGGGGCAGGAGCGCCUUGGGUCGGGUUGCUGGUGUCCAUGGGUAUGUUUGGGACUAUGGUUGCCUGUACUCGGGUGUUCAAGAAUAUCAAUCCAGUUGCAGGUGAUCUGAUGAAGCCCACUUUGGCAUGGGUUGCCUUUUUGGCCAUUGUAAAUCUUAAGCUAGUGUUCCAUUGAAAAUUUCAUGUACAAAGCUUUAGUAUCUUGACAUAUACGGUGUUGUUGUGUAAGCAUUUCUCAAUAUGAUGAUUAUGAGCUUAAUGUGUA